AUUGUCAUAACAGUCGUAUCAGAAAUCCAGUUGAAUCAAGGGCAGAUAAAGUUACUUCCUGGAGAGUCCGAGGUAAUGGAACUAUUCCAGAAGUUCGUACAAACAACAAUGAUCGUAUUAUGGGUCUCUCUGAUAGCAUCCAAUCCAUCUGGUCUAAUAUUCCAAACGUACAAUCGGUACCAAGUUUUCCUUCUGCACCUUGUUAUGGUGACCACCAAGUAACAAACUACGGAAGAAAUCCUUUCAGAAUGAACGAUUUGCCCACCACUCUCCCAAUGUCUUUUGAAGCAUUCGACCCUUUCAAUUCACUUACAGUUCCUCUUGGUGAUUAUGAACAGGAUAAAAAUGAUCUUGAGAACUCAAAGUACAAAGGCGAAAACUUUGGCUAUUCUUUAUUUGGCAACACCUCAAAUCAUGCAUUCUCAUCAUCGCCUUUACAAAAAAUUAGCGUAAAUGAUAAUCGUUCGAACCUGCAAAAUCCGCAGCUGCUUAACAGACGGUUAAGCUGUGCCAGCCCACAAAAAAUAACAACAACCCAAUCAUUCAAUUGUGUUAUUCAAAGUCAACCUCAAAACCCCACUCCUUCUGAACGUGCACUCAGCUGGUCUCAAGUAGUAGCCCUGACAAGCGAAUCAUCGGAAGAACCAGUAACCGAUGACAAGUCAACAAAGUCCACUUCACUUGAUGUCACAGCCGAUAUUGUUUUAUUCAAUCCAGAUGCUGCAGGUCGCACCAGCAGAAAGUAUAUCUCUGAAUCUGCUGUUCUCACACAAGGUGAUAAUCGUUUAUUCAGUCCUACUCCCGCUCUUCCUUCUUACAUGGUUAUCAAGGUUUUGAACGUACCUUGGUGCACUUCAUCCGAAGAAUUGAACAAGUUUAUUGAAAAGUCCAGCUAUUUCUCUGUACCUCCUAUCACGGAGUUACCCCACAAUGUUCACGUCAUCAUGGAUAGACAAACUGGCAAGACUUAUGGCAUAGCUUUCAUCGAAGUCAAGCCCAAAGCUGAUGUUAAUAUUAAUCAAGAGUCUAUGAACACGCUUUCAAGAUAUCCUUUACAAGGCCGACGUCUUAAAUUCACAAUUAGCAGUUAUGAUGAGCUUCGCCAAAGACUUUUCUCUACUUGGACAGGAUCCUUCCGAAAUGGUGUGGCAAUUCCUUUUCCAGAUAAACAACAAGGUCUCAAGAUGAUUGCAGAUAAAAACCAAGAUGUUAAAAUGAUUGAAGAUAAAGAUACUGCUGCCUCCAGUGGAUCUUCAGACUUCUUUAUUGGUCAAAGGGACUUACAAAGUAUUUUACAAAUUAGUAGAAACUAUAAGGUGUUCUACAAUCGAAAGUGCCCUGAACGGUCUUUUGAGUAUAUCAUGUCCAUCGUUAUGCAAAUGCCUUGGUUGCAAACCAGAGCCGUAAGCACUUGUCAAAGAGAUAUUAUGUACGAAUGCUACAAACUCGCUACCGAUUACUUAAAGAUGCACACUGCAAAGCCACUCCAUUCUUUCCACUCUACCUUAAUGCCUCGCUUUGUUAGAGCUGCCAUGGUUUGUAAUGGUUUUACUGUAAGACAAAAAUUAAAUAUCCUCAAGACAGCUCAACAAACAUGUCCAGCCGACCUUGUCAAGUAUAUUACUGUUGAAGAGGAAACUUCUGUCAAUGAAUUGAUCGUUCCACCUAAAGCUAUCAUGCAAGCCUAAGUAUUUUAAUAAGCUAUGUCCACCACCUAUUUUUGCUUAUAACACAUGACUUGGAAUGUCUUAAUGCCACGAUAUGAAAAAAAAAAGUGUAAAAG